UUAAACUAUGAGAAGUCAGUUCUAAAGUUAAAGAGUAAGACUCUCAGGGUUCAAGAUUAAUUUUCUAGUUUUAGUUAUAAUAAGCUCGUCAAUAAAACUUGCAGAUUCGCUUGAAUACUAGUCAGGAAUCUUAAAAGAAAUUCUUCAUCCUGCAACACCUCUACAUAUUUUAGCAGACACCCAUGUUGAAGAUGCUUCGAUAACUUUAACUUAAUCAUUGACUGGUUUUGUAAAUGAACCUUAAAUAAUAUACUCGGUGUAUAGAAUGAACUUUGAAAAUGCAGUUUCUGGAGGAUAUACAUUUUCUAUAACAUCAUAAUCAACAACAUGUAUACUUGUUAAUUAAGUUUUAGAAUUUUCAAUUUCAGUAGUGGCUCCAACUAUUUAAAAAGUUUAUAAUGUUUGGAUAAAAUGGUUAGCUUUUGUGGAUAGGAAUAAAUAAGUUAUAACUGAAGAGAUAUUAACACCCUAAACAUCGGAGACAUUCACUGAAACACAUUUUAAUAAAAAUUUCAUAUUGGCUGUUCCAAUAAUAAAUUAUUUAUCUUAUACAAGUACAUUUACUUUUAGAUUUGAUGUAUUAUAUAAAUAAUAUCUAUAGAUGCCCUAAGUUGAUACAACCAAUGUAUAAAUAGUAUUUACAAGCACUGGUGUUACAUAAAUAGGAUUUCAAUUACUAGUGUCUAUAAAAAGUCCAGUUUAUUUAUAUGGUGAAUAGUAAUGGGCACCAGCUUCUAGUACUUUAGAUUUGGCUCCAUUUGAUGUUACUGGUGUAUCAAUACCUCAUCUUUAAUAAUCUGAUAAUAUUAACUUUCCUAUAUUUUUAGGACUUACAUCAACUGCUUCAAAUGAUAUCAAUAUUGAGGAAUUGAGUUCAUCAAUUAAUCCUCAAUUAUCUUUUACAAUAGGAUCUUGUAAUUAUUAUAAUUUAUAUUAGCUACUACAUGUUCUAUAACAAGUGGAUGGUUUAACUUUAUGGUUAUAUCUCCUUAGUUUUAAAUCCCUCCUCUUAUUUUAUCAAGCUUUUCAUAAUAAGAGUAUUAUGUUAGUACUGGAACUUAACCUAUUAGUGUAGAACUACCAUUAUUUAAAACUACUUAUACAACAACUACUGGAUGGAUGGAAAUCGAUAAUACAUAUUUAGGAAUGUAAAUGGUAAUUACUACUGAAUGUCUAUUCAGAUAUAAACAUGAAUAUUGGUUCUUAGGAUCUGUUAGUGAUAAUGAAAAAUAUAUAGAAGAUUACUUUUAUUGCUCUGAUGGAUAAAAUAGAAUGAAAUAUAUAAUCAAUUUUACUGAUGGUGACAGACUUGAAUAUAAAACAAUCAAAUUUAUAUUUACAUCAAAUAGUGUAGAAAUGUUUUAAUAACUUGAUAAUAUUAAUUUUGAUGAAGAAUAUAGAACUUUAAAAAUUGUUAUUAGUCAAGUUAGAUGA